AUCGUAUUAACCUGUUUUCUUUAAUACCGUGUGCCUAAAUUUAAUUUGAAUUAUUUUCACGACAUUUCCACCGAUUGACUUUAAUUCGCUGAUUGCGCCUUAUAAAUGAAGUUAAAUAAAUAGCCAAUCACAUGUGGUUGCUACGGGAAAAUAAUAAACAUUUGACCAAUCAGCAUCGCUGAAUUAACCGUCUACGGAUAGCGCGGAAGUUUGCCCUGGCCUGAAAGUUUAGGGUCGCCAUGGUGAUACAAUUGACGAUAGCUAUGAUGGCAGUCGAGGGAAAAGCUUUGAGGGAAUUCUCCAUCUUUAUUGACAAUGUAGAGGAUUUUUCUGGUUGACGCGACAACAACACAAGCCACGGGGACGAGCCAGCGGACGUAGCGCUCGCCAAGAGGGGAAGUGGGCUCCGUCUUCUUUUUCAUCGGGCAGAUGCUCCCAGCCGCCCAGCUUGACAGGAGUGAUGGGAUGUGUCAACUAGGAGAGGAACUCCUUGAUGAUGAUGAUAUUGGACUGAGGGAUCCGUCUGCAGUGUUCACACCAGAGCAGAGAGACAGAGGAGGGACCGAGGCAGAGGAGGAGGAAGAAGACAUCGAAGAAGAAAAGAUGGGAGUGGGGAAGAACACCACCGCCAAAUCAAUGGACAGCAGCAGCGAAGGCGGAAAAUAUGAAGAGGAGGCCAAACAUGGAGCCGAAUUUUAUCCUAUUCCGGUUGUGGUAAACGGAGUUGGCGGAGCCACCGGAGAUCAGGACACGGAGGACACCGAGCUGAUGGCAAUCUACACCAAGGAUAAUCAAGCAGCAGAGAAGAGCUCAAUUUCAGAGACGCUCGACAGCACAGACAGCAUGGAUGCAAGGAGGAUGGACAUGAUCUAUACCAUUGAAGACACCCCACCCUGGUACCUGUGUGUGUUCUUAGGCUUACAGCACUACCUGACGUGUUUCAGCGGGACCAUCGCCGUCCCGUUCCUUCUCGCAGAGGCCAUGUGUGUCGGCUUCGAUCAGUGGGCCACCAGUCAGCUCAUCGGGACCAUCUUCUUCUGCGUCGGCAUCACUACUCUGCUGCAAACGACGCUGGGCUGCAGGUUGCCUUUGUUCCAGGCGAGUGCGUUUGCUUUCCUUGCACCAGCCAGAGCCAUCCUAUCUUUGGAUAAAUGGAAAUGUAACAGCACAGAGCAUCCGUUCCUGAAUGGGACAGAGCUUCUCCACACCGAGGACAUCUGGCACCCCAGGAUACGCGAGAUCCAGGGUGCGAUCAUCGUGUCAUCCCUGAUCGAGGUCUGCAUCGGAGCUCUGGGUCUGCCUGGGAUGCUGUUGAAGUACAUCGGACCCCUGACCAUCACGCCCACCGUGGCCCUCAUUGGGCUCUCAGGCUUCCAGGCUGCAGGCGAGAGGGCUGGAAAACACUGGGGCAUCGCCAUCCUGACUAUCUUUUUGGUGCUGCUCUUCUCUCAGUACGCCCGAAACGUUCACUUCCCCCUGCCAAUCUACAAAGCCAAGAAAGGCUGGACGUCCUACAGGCUGCAAGUUUUCAAAAUGUUCCCGAUCAUUAUGGCUAUUUUGGUGUCAUGGCUGCUGUGCUUCAUUUUCACGGUGACUGACGUUUUCCCACCGGAGGAAAACAAGUACGGUUUCUACGCCCGCACUGAUGCACGUCAGGGAAUCCUGAAAGCUGCGCCGUGGUUCAAGAUCCCCUAUCCCUUCCAGUGGGGAACUCCCACCGUCACGGCUGCAGGUGUGAUCGGCAUGAUGAGCGCCGUGGUGGCCAGCAUCAUCGAGUCGAUCGGCGACUACUACGCCUGCGCUCGCCUCUCCUGCGCUCCUCCACCUCCGAUCCACGCCAUCAAUCGGGGAAUAUUUGUAGAGGGCAUUUCCUGUGUGCUGGAUGGCGUUUUUGGGACAGGAAACGGAUCCACCUCCUCCAGUCCGAAUAUUGGUGUCCUGGGAAUUACAAAGGUGGGCAGCAGACGUGUGAUCCAGUAUGGUGCCGCCAUGAUGCUGCUGCUGGGGCUUGUGGGUAAAUUCAGCGCCCUGUUUGCCUCUCUGCCUGACCCGGUCCUGGGCGCUCUGUUCUGCACGCUGUUUGGGAUGAUCACGGCGGUGGGACUCUCCAACCUGCAGUUUGUCGACCUCAAUUCCUCCAGGAACCUUUUCGUCUUGGGCUUCUCCAUCUUCUUCGGUCUGAUGCUGCCCAGCUACCUGAAACAGAACCCACUGGUCACUGGCAUAGUUGAAGUCGACCAGGUGCUCAACGUGCUGCUCACCACUGCUAUGUUUGUUGGAGGUUGUGUUGCCUUUAUUUUGGACAAUACUAUACCUGGUUCCCUGGAGGAACGUGGCAUCAGGAAGCUGAAACGAGGAACCGGCCUCAGUGUCGCCGAACUCGAAGGCAUGAGAUCCUAUGAUCUGCCGUUUGGAAUGGCCUUCUUCCGCAGACACGCCAUCUUCAAGUACAUCCCCAUCAGCCCCAUGUUCACCGGCUACCACUGGGGGCGGCUUCAGGAGGGCGGCAGGUGCCGGAUGGGACACGGGGACGUGGGGAAGCGGGGCGGGGUCGGCACGGAGGGCGGCAACGCGCCGGGGGAAAGUCGGGUAUAGCCCUCGUCCUGGGAGGGAUCUUAGAUUUUUAGGGAGCGAGGGAUGGUACACUAAGGUGAAAUGAUGGGAGCACAGACAGAAGUUGAGCAGGAUUGUGUGGAAGGAAAAAAAUGUUGCACCAACUUCCCCAUCGGUAUCUGUUUUUCUUCGACUUGUCUGUGUCUGUCCCCACUUCCCUCUAUGCUAUUUUCAAGCAUGCUGUAGCAAGUCACAGCAUGCGUUAAAAAGAUGUCACCAUGCAGAGGUCAGUCAGUCUGUGUGUGUGUGCAAGGAUAAAACAAGCUUCUUUCCAGAAGGAAACUAAUGGACAUCAAAUCAGAGCCUGUGUCUCCUAACUGCUGCUAAUUUACUCUCCCUGAAUUCGCUCAUAAGAGACCUUCUACUAAAAGCACAGCAGGGUGGAUAAUGUUGCCUCUAAACUUUGCUAUGCAACCACAUUAGUCACACACACACUCACACUCUCUCAUACACACACACACACGACGGCCUCAGUAGAAGUAGUUUGAGCGCUACGAUGCACGAUGUGGGGUCAUGCAGACUGAUAGAAGUAGUUUGUCAGGUGCCCUUAGCCAUGCAAAGUGAUUGUGAGAUUUAUUUUUAUUUUUUUGCACUAUCUGCCUCCAAAUUUUAAUAGUAGAAUGUCAUUUUAAAGCCGAGUCGUUUUCCUUCUUCAUUUAGCAUCGCAUCACAUACCCUUUUUUUUCUUUCGAUAUAGUGAGGAUAAAUUUAGGCAAAAUUUUUGCUGUUAGUACCAGUUUACAUCUCCUUACCGUGUCAGUAUUAUGCAGAAGAAACUGACAGUCAGACUGACUUUAUGGAGUUGAAUUAGUGACUCUCAAUGGAGCUAAACAGAAUUGGUUAUAUUUAUUUGUUUUACGUGUCAACCUGACAUUUUCAAAAGCUCUGACGACGCACACGGCAGUAGACGCGUGGCCUUGUGGUGCAGCCUUCAUGUAGCAUAUUCAGUUGACUGAAUGCUUCACAGGCGCCACACAUUCCUGAUCCUCGGUCUGGGUUUGGUCACUUAUUCUUGUUUUUUCUGUUUUUAGUAGCAAGGUGCUGCUGUUUACUUCCCUGAAUCAAAUCCUGACUUCCUGUUCUCAUUACUACGGCGCUGCCUAAGGGACAUGGGGGAUUUUUUAAACAUUAUUUUAUUUUGCAUUACCUCACAAAAGUAUUGUGUUCUGCAAUAGAUUACAGUCAUAGUGAUAACAAAUAAGAAUUUAAAAUGACACGCAUGUAAGCUUAAAGAGACUCAGUGAAAAUGUGUUCAUUUAUUUUUAACUCUUUGGUGCAGAAAAUUGUUCUAAAAUCAACCUACUAACUGUGUUCGUUUUUGUUACGCAAUAUCUUUCAGUGGAAAUGGAGCUGCACAUGAAAACGACCUUUUAUUAACCAUUUUAAAAACACACAACCUAAACUUGUGUGAUGGCAAUAUAACUCAUUGAAAACAAUAGUUUGGAUGUGUCUUUAAUUUCUUCCAUUCAAGUUUCUCUGUAGAAAUCCCAUGUUUGACUUGUUUAUGGUGCAUUUAUAUCCCAAAGAUGUAAAACUCUGGAUAUCUCACAAAGGAGAUAUUGCAUUUGAAAGCCUUACAAAAACCUUACAUUGAAGCAGAAAGACCCCUAUUAUUCAAAAUACUGCAUUAACUGACACCUAAAAACAUUAUUGUGAGAGAAUACAAUAGUUCUGCAAGAAAACUCCAAAUAAAAAAAAUUCUCCAUGUCUCUUAGAGGCUCUGUACAUUAAAAUGCACUGUAGAAAUAUUAAAAUAUUGAUACUUACAUUUUUUCUUAUUUUUCACAUGAAAACCAGAAACUUUAAUGGUUUCAUGUCAUUGAAUAAUACAGAUUAGGGCUUAAUUUAGAGUUUGAUUGAUGUUUUCAAAACAUUUUUAAGAAUAAAAACCUGAAAAGUGUGGCCUGCUUCAAUAUUCACCACCUCUGAUUCAACACUUUCAAAGCAACCAAUUGCAGCUGCAGUGUUUUUGCAAAUUCUCCUUUGCUGGAUGGCUAAAAGUUAUAUUGGAUGGAAAUUUAUCAGUGCACUUCACUCCACACUUUUCAGAUUUUUAUCAUUUGUAUAAAAUAAAUUGAAGUUUAAGUGGCUUGAACGGCUUUGUCCUGUUCAGAGAUUUCCCUCAGUUACAAAAUAUGAAUUCCAGCUGAGAGUUUAUCAAACCAAAAUUUAUAUUUUUGCUUCUUUUUGUUGUUUCCAAUUUUUCUGUUACAGAAAACCAAAACUUUAAAAGUUUUAACAUUUGUUACUACUGAGAUCCUUAAGCGCUUCUUUCUCUCACUAUGGCAGUUUUUUAAUUUAUUUAGGUGAUAAAUUGCAGGUUAGUUUUAAGCCAUAGCUGAGUUUACAUCCCCUGAUCCGGUACUCUCCGGCUCCAGCACCUUUUUUGUUUUUAGUAGUUUUUAUUCUCAGAUUUAUUUUUGCUUCUCAUCCAUUCCAUUUACAGCUGCUUGUAUUCUAAGCCAGGAAAAUUAAACAUUCAGACGUUAUUCAAUUUUAAGAGCUGGGGCCUUUUUAUAAUUUUUUAUUUUUUUUAUUUUUAUUUUUUUUUUGUUGGUUUUUUUUGUACUGCAAGUGCUUGCACAUAAAGUGGUGCCAACAACACCGGGGUCCAAAUAGGCAACUCCCACUAACCUGGACUUUAAAAUGUCCUCCUUCAGUAGGUGUUAAAAUGUUUUACUAAAUGACAGAACACGAGUCGCUGAAUGUCUUCAAAGGGCCUUUUUUAUUUAUUGACGAUAGAAUCUGUUUAUAGAUUCUGUCCUGUAGUGACUUCACUGAUUUCCCUUUUAAAUGUUGUUCUUCCAUUUCAUUCAGGAGUGAUUCAAUCUCUCAAAAACUUUAAUGUUAACGUAAAACAUCCAACAUCUGCAAAGACUCUGGUCUGUGCAGAUUUUCCAUUCUUGAUGGGAUGAGUUCUAACAAAAACGUAUUGAAACGCAGUUACCGCAAUGUCGACAUUUGCAAAAUUGCAAUGUGAAGACUAACUUGAUGCAAUAUUUGGUGGUAUAUUUAAAAUUUUAAGCAAUGAAAGUGCUGAUAAUGCACAUGUGGCUUCAUCCUGAAGCCACAUGUGCAUUAUGUGGCUUGAUUAAUGAUAAAAUCAAUGUAUCAAUAAUCAAUGAUAAAUUGAUUAUUGAAAUAAUUGUCAACUAUUUCAUUUUGCAUUUAAAAUAAUUUAUUACAUUUUUCCUAAAAGGAAUUUUUUUACCCAAAACUCCCCAAGUAACUUAUUUAAAAAAGAAAUAAGAAAAUAUUUCUUUUUUUAAAUAAGAACAAAAAUAUUUUUUAUAUUUAUAUAAAAAAAUUUAUAUUUUUUAUAUAAAUAUUUUUCAUUUAUUUACAUAAAAAUAAAUGAAAAAUAUGCUGAAUGUGUCAAAAAAAUGUCUGGUUAAUUGAUUAAUGGUCAGAACAAUUGACCACUUAGGCUAAGUUCACACUGCAGCCUGAAGUGACUCAAAUGUGAUUUUUAUCUUUGCAAAAUUUGAAUUUUUUAGUUUUUUAAAUUUUAUGUAUUUGGACGUUCACCUGUGUUGUUCGGACCGUCAUGAAAAGAUGAGAUACGGGUCGCAUUAAGACAAAAAUUGCGUCACUUUGAGCUGCAAUGAGAACGCAGUCUCAUUUAUCUGAUGAUGUGCCGCCAUGUUUGAACUAAGCUUUUGGUUCGAUGGGAUCUGAUGAUCAUCCUGGAUAAGAUGGAAGAAACAAACCAGAGAAAAGCUGACCUUUGUCUCCGUUUAGAGAAUUAUAAAACAAGCAAACCAACAGUGACGACCAGUUUGUUAUUCACCCACCACUUGGUGGUGAGAAAGUAGAGAUCAGAGCAGAGAUUGAUUUGGUGUUUUACGUCUCCUUUUCGCAUUGAGUUCCUCAUAACCUUCACACCGUGUUUCACCGUUUCCCAAAAUGCACCUUGCACAUCUCCUGUCAUGUUGUCCCUCAUUGUCUCCGUGUCCCUCGAGAGUCCCACAGUCCUGCAGUGAAACUGAAUUCAGUCCCUUGGUGUUUGGUGUACCUGGUUGUCUCUCCCGGGGAUCCUCACUGUUCAUGUUUCUGGCUGCAGGAGGAGACACCUGCUGGUCACCUUGGUAAGAGCCGGCUGCUUAUCAGCAGCUGAGUGAACCUGCCUUAUCUCUGACGGACGCCAUUAGUUGGUCUCUGUGCCUAAAAGAGCUUCCUUUUUCACCUUUGGCUCCCAACUUUCAAGUUUUUAUCCUCGUUUCCAUCUGAUAUUCAGAGUCCGAUUACAUGUAGUUGUUAAAGAAGCAGCCCAGUUCGAGGAAAAGCCGCCGGCGUUCUGGUUUAAAGUCCAUUCAAGUCAAGUGCUGGCUCUUAAAAAGGUGGCCACAAGGUGACAGACAUUGAUCCCUUUCAGUUAUUUUGAAGGGGGCUCUGCCUGAAGAUUAUACUUCUGUGUAAAGCGUUUUAUCUUUUUCAAUGUUUGUUUUUUAUACAUAAUUUUUAUGUUUUUGCAAACAGGUAUUUGUAAAGUUGAAAAAAAAAUCAAAACUUGUAAUCUUAAAUCAUGCUGGAACGCGCACCAUCUUGUACAUUUUAUUUAAAACGUCAACACAUUUAAAGCUGUUUGUAAUCUGUGGUUUUGGUGAAAUCCUUUUGUCUGUUUAGGACCUUUUUCAUACUGUAUUUUUUCUACUCUUUGAACAUUGCUUUCUGCUCAUGUUACACACCACCAUUGUAAAUCAAAGAACAAGCUGAGAAACUUUAGACGUAAAGACAAAACAGAAACAUGUAUAUUUAAAGUUUGCUGAAAAGUCUGGAGGAGAAAUUGUGUAAACUAAUUGUAACAUUAAAAAUGAUUUAUUUGUUCCUAAAACUAUUUAAUAAGAUGUUGCAGAAUAAAUCA